AUGACUAACUAUAAAGACAUCGAAUCAGCAUUAGUUGAAGUAAUCAAAGUAGCAUAUAGCCAAGACACGAAAAAAUAUGAUAAAAUAGGAUUAACAUAUGUGAGUUAUUUAAAAAUAAUACGACGUAAAAGAGAUCCAAAUGAUCAUUGCAGAUAUGUAGCAAAGCAACGAGCUUUAAAUGAGGAAGUUUAUAAUGAAAGAAUGGCGGAUUUCAAAGACUGGUAUAAUGAAAAAGUGUAUCAGAGCCUAGAAAAGUUAUACAAAUUAUAUCUUUCAUUUGCGAAUCAAGAAGAG